UGCAGGAGCGGGCGUGAGUGUGGGAGCCUGGGUGCAUGCGCCCUGGCCUCCCUCGCAGCCUCACCUGCAGGGAGGGGCCGCCAGAAACUGCCUGCCCAGGGCCCGGCCGCCCCACCUCGCCAGAGCCUGGCUGAGCCGCCAGCGAGGACGCACGCAGCCCGCACGCCCGCGCCGGCCGAGCCCCGCCAGAGCAGGCACCUGCCUCCACGACCAUGUUCAAGGGGCUGAGCAAAAGCUCCCAGGGGAAGGGGUCCCCCAAGGGCUCCCCGGCCAAAGGCUCCCCCAAGGGGUCCCCCAGCAAGCACAGCCGAGCUGCCACCCAGGAGCUGGCCCUGCUCAUCUCCCGCAUGCAGGCCAAUGCCGACCAGGUGGAGAGGGACAUCCUGGAGACCCAGAAGAAGCUGCAGCAGGACCGGCAGCACAGCGAGCAGAGCCAGGCCCUGCAGCACCGGCAGGCGGUGGGCCGCAGCCUGAAGGAGGCCGAGGUGCUGCUCAAAGACCUCUUCCUGGACGUGGACAAGGCCCGGCGGCUCAAGCACCCGCAGGCCGAGGAGAUCGAGAAGGACAUCAAGCAGCUGCAUGAGCGGGUGACCCAGGAGUGUGCCGAGUACCGCGCCCUGUAUGAGAAGAUGGUGCUGCCGGCUGACAUGGCACCCAGGGUCGACUGGGCACAGGUGCUGGAGCAGAAGCAGAAGCAGGUCAGCGAAGGCCAGUACGGCCCGGGCAUGGCAGAGCUGGAGCAACAGAUCGCCGAGCACAACAUCCUGCAGAAGGAGAUCGAGGCCUACGGGCAGCAGCUGCGGACCCUCAUAGGGCCGGAUGCGGACACUAUCCGGAGCCAAUACCGGAACCUACUGAAGGCGGCCUCGUGGCGCGGGCAGAGCCUGGGCAGCCUAUACACGCACCUGCAGGGCUGCACGCGCCAGCUGAGCGCCCUGGCCCAGCAGCAGCAGCGCAUUCUGCAGCAGGACUGGAGCGACCUCAUGGCCGACCCCGAGGGCCUGCGGAGGGAGUACGAGAACUUCAAGCAGCAUGAGCUGCUGAGCCAGGAGCAGUGUGUGAACCAGCUGGAGGACGACGGGGAGCGCAUGGUGGAGCUCGGGCACCCGGCUGUGGGGCCCAUCCAGGCCCACCAGGAGGCCCUGAAGAUAGAGUGGCAGAACUUCCUGAACCUGUGCAUCUGCCAGGAAUGCCAUCUGCAGCAUGUGGAGGGUUACCGCCGGUUCCAGGAAGAGGCCGACUCUGUUGGCCAGUCCCUGGCAAAGCUCAGCUCCCGGCUGGACACCCAGUACAGCCCUGGCCCCGGCGGCCCUCCUGGCGCCCUGACAGAGCUGCUUCGACAGCUGGAGGCAGAGGAGAAGCAGCUGGCCGUGGCCGAGAAGACUGUUAGGGACCUGCAGCUGCGGAGCCAGGAGGUGGCUCCGCUGCCGCAACGCAGGAGCCCACCCCAGCAGCCCCUGCACGUGGACAGCAUCUGCGACUGGGACUCUGGAGAAGUGCAGCUGCUGCGGGGUGAGCGCUAUACACUGAUGGACAACGACGACCCGCACACCUGGGUGGUCCAGGGCCCCACAGGCGAGACCAAACGUGCCCCAGCUGCCUGCUUCUGCCUCCCAGCUCCGGACCCUGAGGCCGUGGCCAGGGCCUCCAGGCUGGCCUCGGAGCUGCAGGCCCUGAAGCAGAAACUGACCACUGUCCAGAGCCGCCUGAAGGCCGGUGCCGAGGAGCCCUUUCGGCCUGGCCAGCAGGCUCCAGCUGGCUCAGCCCCAGCCGACCCACAGGCCCAGAAGCUCCUGACACAGAUGACCCGGCUGGAGGAGGACCUGGGGCAGAUAGAGAGGCAGGUGCUGGCCUGGGCCAGGGCCCCGCUGAGCCGUGCCACCCCACUGGAGGACCUGGAGGGCCGCAUCCAAAGCCACAAGGGCACCACCCAGCGGCUGCAGAGCCUGGGGGCUGAGAAGGAGGCGGCCCAGCAGGAGUGUGAGGCGUUUCUCUCCGGGCAGCCGGUGGGCGCCGCCGCCCUGCACCUGCCCGUGGUCCUUAACAACGUCAAGAACAAGUACAGCGACGUGCAGGUGCUCUGCGGCCUCUACAGAGAGAAAGCUAAGGCUGCCCUCGGCCUGGAGCGGCAGAUCCAGGAUGCGGACAGGGUCAUCCGAGGCUUUGAGUCCGCCCUGGCACAGGAGGCCCCCAUCCCUGCCAGCCCGGGCGCCCUGCAGCAGAAGGUCAGCGAGCUGCAGCGCCAGCGGAGGGCGCUGCUGGAGCAGCAGGCCUGCGUGCUGGGGCUGCACCGCCAGCUGAAGGCGGCUGAGCACACGUGCAGCGCGCUGCAGAACAACUUCCACGAGUUCUGCCAAGACCUGCCGCACCAGCAGCGCCAGGUGCGGGCCCUCACCGACCGCUACCACGCCGUGGGGGACCAGCUGGACCUGCGGGAGAAGAUGGUGCAAGACACCGGCCUCAUGUACCAGCAGUUCAAGAACUGCAGGGACAACCUGAGCUCCUGGCUGGAGCAGCUGCCCCGCGGCCAGGUGCGGCCCAGCGACGGGCCCAGCCAGAUCGCCUACAAGCUGCAGGCGCAGAAGAGGCUGCUGCAGGAGAUCCAGGGCCGCGAGCAGGACAAGGCCAUGGCAUCCCGCCUCUCCCAGGACCUCCAGGCGGCCCUCCAGGGCUAUGAGCUGCAGGCAAACACCUACCGCUGCUCCCUGGAGCCCCUCCAGGCGGGGUCGGCCCCCACGAGACCCCGAGUGGCUCCCCUGCAGGAGAGCAUCCAGGCCCAGGAGAAGAGCCUGACCAAGGCCUACACUGAGGCUGCAGCUCUGCAGCAGCAGCAACUGCACCAGCUGGAGUUUGCCAGAAAGAUUCUGGAGAAGAAGGAGCUCAGCGAGGACGUUCCGGUGACCCACCACGCACAGCAGGGGUCCGAGCGCCCCGCCCCAGCAGGGGCAGAGGCCGAGGCCCUGAGAUCCCAGCUGGAGGAGGAGAGGAGGCGGGUGGCCCAGGUGCAGCGGGAGCUGGAGGAGCAGAGGAACCAGCUGCUGGAGCUGAGGACCCAGCGGCCCUUGGAGAGACUGGAGGAGAAAGAAGUGGUGGAGUGCUUCCGGGACCCCCAGCUGGAGAGUCGCCUGUCCAGGUUGAAGUCCCAGGUGGAGGCCGAGGACCGGAAGCGGGCUGGCCUGCAGGCAGCGCUGGAGGCCGCGGCCCAGAAGCUCGUGCAGCUGGAGAGCGAGAGGAAGGCCACGCGGCCUCACCUGCUGACCAAGGAGGUCACCCACAUCGAGAGGGACCCCAGCCUGGACAGCCAGGCGGCCCAGCUCGUCGGCGAGAUCCAGCACCUGAGGGCGGAGGACGCCGCCGUCUCGGCCCAGCUAGAGGCGCUGAGGACCGAGCUGCAGGCCCUCGAGCGGAAGGAGGCGAGCGUGCAGGAGAAGGUGGUGGUGAAAGAGGUGGUCAAGGUGGAGAAGGACCUGGAGAUGGUCCGGGCGGUGCAGGCCCUGAGGCGGCAGAUGCAGGAGGACGCGGCGCAGCGGAAAGGGGCAGAGGCGGCCGUGGCCAAGGCGCAGGCUCGCAUCGCGGAGCUGGAGCGGGCCAUCAGCGCCGUGGAGCCGAAGGUGGUUGUGAAGGAGGUGAAGAAGGUGGAGCAGGACCCCGGGCUCCUCCGAGAGGCGUCCAGGCUCAGGGGCCUCCUGGAGGAGGAGAGGAAGAAGAACGGGGCUCUGGCCAGGGAGCUGAAGGAGCUGCACGAGCAGCACAGCGUGGCGGAGAAGCAGAAGCCCAGAGUGGCGCUGCAGGAGCGCGUCCACGAGAUCUUCCACGUGGACCCGGAGACCGAGCGGGAGAUUGCGCGGCUCAGGGCCGAGCUGCAGGACAUGGCCCGCAAGAGGGGCGGCGUGGAGGAGGCGGUGGGGCAGCUGCUGCCCGAGCUGGCGGUCCUGCGGGCGCAGAAGCCCACGGUGGAGUACAAGGAGGUGACGGAGGAGGUGGUGAAGCACGAGCAGAGCCCGGAGGUGCUGCGGGAGAUCGACCGCCUGAAGGCUCAGCUCAAUGAGCUGGUCAACGGCAGCGGGCGGGCCCAGGAGCAGCUCAUCCGGCUGCAGGGGGAGCGCGACGAGUGGCGGCGGGCGCGGGCCAAGGUGGAGACCAGGACGGUGAGCAAGGAGGUGGUGCGCCGCGAGAAGGACCCGGUCCUGGAGCAGGAGGCCCGGCGGCUGCGCCAGGAGGUGCGGGAGGCGGCCCAGAAGCGGCGGGCCACCGAGGCCGUGGUCUACGAGCUGCAGAACAAGUACCUGCUGCUGGAGAGGAGGCGGCCCGAGGAGAAGGUGGUGCUGCAGGAGGUGGUGGUUACCCAGAAGGACCCAAAGCUGCGCGAGGAGCACAGCCGGCUGAGCCGCAGCCUGGACGAGCAGGUGGCCCGGCGGCGGCAGCUGGAGCGGGAGGUGCAGCAGCUGCGGGCGGCCAUCGAGGAGGACGAGGCCCUGCUGGGCUUCCAGGAGGACCGCAGCAAGAAGCUGGCGGCCGAGCGGGAGCUGCGGCAGCUGACCCUGCGGGUCCAGGAGCUGGAGAGGCGGCCUCCCGCGGUGCAGGAGAAGAUCGUCAUGGAGGAGGUGGUGCAGCUGGAGAAGGACCCGGACCUGGAGAAGUCCACGGAGGCCCUGCGGCGGGCCCUGGAGCAGGAGAAGACGCGGGUGUCGGAGCUGCACCGGGAGUGCAAGAACCUGCAGGUGCAGAUCGACGUCCUCCAGAAAACCAAGUCGCAGGAGAAGACCAUCUACAAGGAAGUGAUCAGGGUGGAGAAGGACCGGGUGCUGGAGGGCGAGCGCGCCCGGGCGUGGGAGGCGCUCAACAGGGAGCGCGCCGCCCGGCAGAGCCGCGAGGAGGGGGCCAGGCGCCUGCGGGAGCGGAUCGACCGGGCCGAGGCGCUGGAGCGGACCUGGUCGCGGGAGGAGGCCGAGCUCCAGCAGGCCCGGGACCAGGCGAGCCAGGAGUGCGGGCAGCUGCGGCAGGAGCUGCGGGAGCUGGAGAAGCAGAAGCAGCAGCAGGUGAUAGACCUGCAGGAGGAGUCCAAGCUGCGCAGCCAGAAGACGGAGAGCGAGCGGCAGAGGGCAGCCCAGCGGGGCCAGGAGCUCUCGCAGCUCGAGGCGGCCAUCCUCCGAGAGAAGGACCAGAUCUACGAGAAGGAGCGGACCCUCCGCGACCUCCACGCCAAGGUGGGCUGCGAGGAGCUCAGCCAGGAGACCCAGACGCGCGAGACCAACCUCUCCACCAAGAUCUCCAUCUUGGAGCCCGAGACGGGGAAGGACCUGUCGCCGUACGAGGCCUAUAAGCGGGGCAUCAUUGACCGAGGCCAGUACCUCCAGCUGCAGGAGCUCGAGUGUGACUGGGAGGAGAUCACCACCUCUGGCCCCCGUGGGGAGGAGUCUGUGCUCCUGGACCGCAAGAGCGGGAAGCAGUACUCCAUCGAGGCCGCCCUGCGCGGCCGGCGCAUCUCCAAGGAGGAGUACCACCUCUACAAGGACGGCCGCCUCCCCAUCGGCGAGUUCGCCCUGCUCGUGGCGGGCGAGACCAAGCCCUGCGCCUCCCUCUCCAUCGGCGCCAUCAUCUCCAUCCCGCUCGCCUCCCCGGGCCCCCAGGGCGCCGGUUUCUUCUCUCCCGGCUUCUCCCUCGGGCUCGGCGAGGACAGCAUCCCCAUCGCCGGGGUCUACGACACAACCACAGACAACAAGUGCACCAUCAAGACGGCCGUGGCCAAGAACAUGCUGGACCCCAUCACCGGGCAGAAGCUGCUGGAGGCGCAGGCGGCCACGGGGGGCAUCGUGGACCUCCUCAGCCGAGAGCGCUACUCCGUGCACAAGGCCGUGGAGAGGGGGCUGAUCGAGAACAGCGCAACGCAGAGGCUGCUCAACGCCCAGAAGGCCUUCACCGGCAUCGAGGACCCCGUCACCAAGAAGCGGCUGUCGGUGGGCGAGGCCAUCCGGAAGGGCUGGAUGCCCCUGGAGAGCGUGCUCCCGCACCUGCAGGUGCAGCACCUGACCGGCGGGCUCAUCGACCCCAAGAGGACAGGCCGCAUCCCCCUCUCGCAGGCCGUGCUCUCCGGAAUGAUCAGUGAAGAGCUGGCCCAGCUCCUGCAGGACGAGGGCAGCUACGACAAGGACCUGACAGACCCCAUCUCCAAGGAGAGGGUGAGCUACAGGGAGGCCAUGGGGCGCUGCCGGAAAGACCCGCUGAGCGGCCUGCUGCUCCUGCCAGCCUCCCUGGAGGGGUACCGCUGCUACCGUUCGGCCUCCCCCACCGCCCCACGCUCCCUGCGCUGACGGGGGCCUGGGGGGGAGGCAUGCGUGAGGGGGAGGGUAGGACGCACGCAGCCUGGUCUGAGCGGGUGGGGCUUCCCACUGUCUGACCCGUGUCCCAUUCCUCAAAUGCGCUUGGCGCUGGGCUCCCUCCCCGAACCUGGUACCUAAAGCACCCCCAACCCGGCAGCCCUCUUUUCCUCCCUCCCCCCCCAGCACUUGCAAUAAACAGCUUCUCAGGUG